GAAGAAGUUAGAAGCACAUGUUCUCAACAUACCGGUGAUUGUCUGUCGUGAACAGUAGAAGCAGCAUCAACUAUCAUGAUUGACUAUGAAGAACUCAGAGCCAAAAAUUUGGCAGACAACAAAGUCAUUUUGGAGAAAUUGAUGGCAGAUGUAAAAUGGCUUCCAGAGAUGAAAAAAAUUGUUCCAAGAGACAAGGUUGUUAAGGCACCACGCAAACCCAGAAAGUCGGAACCACUUGGUCCAAUUAGACGCAAUCCUUCCAGAAAAGCUCGGAUUGGUGGAAAACCUACUCAUCCAGAUAAACGUCGUCACAGUGAUCCAGUCUUAGACUCUGAUACAUCUCCAACUAAUAAGCUACAAGUUCGCUUUGGAUUUUUCAACAAGUCUUCAUUGACAAAUGUUAAAAGAGAUGGUACUGAUGAUGAAGAAGAGAAUGGGGACAUUGAUGAUGAUUUUGUUGAAAAACUGCCAAAGUCCAACCAUACUAAGAGCUUUCAGAUUGACACCAGGUCUGCUGAUGAAAUAACGGAAGAUGAUCUGGCUCUUGUUGCAGUCUUUGUGAGCGAGAAACGUUAUGACAGCUUUUAUGGAACUUCUUGUCACCAGUGCCGACAGAAAACAACAGACAUGAAAACUAUCUGUAGGUCAGGGUCCUGUUUUGGUGUCAGAGGUCAAUUUUGUGGUCCCUGCCUUAGAAAUAGAUAUGGAGAAGAUGCAAAGGAAGCUCUGAAAAAUGAUAACUGGGAGUGUCCUCCAUGCAGGAGAAUAUGUAAUUGUAGCUUCUGUCGCAAGAAGCAGGGAAAAUCCUGCACUGGUAUCAUGAUUCAUCUGGCUCGACAAAAUGGAUUUGACAGUGUCAACGAUUACCUUCAGAAUUUCUCAAAGAAGAUGUGAGUGUUACAAGUUGACAAGAGUUUAUCAAUCAAUACAUGUACUCUAUAGUAGGCAGCACUAGAGUUAAGUUUUACAUUAAAUGUAUAUGAAAUGUUUUAAUGCAGUUCUUAUAUUGUUGCAUGUUGUUUAUGUCAGAUCAUUGUCAGUUAUACAGAAAUUUCUUUCUAAAUGAGGUGUUCAUGGAAAGGUUUUUAAAAGAAUAUUAUAGUGCUAAAUUGUACUACAGUGUACUUUUUUUUAGCCUUCAAAUGGAUCAUGAACACCUUGCAUUGUUUUAUUCAAUAUUGCAGAUUUUUUUGUUAUAAAAUGAAUAAUGUUAAUAAAUGUUUUUAAAUAACACAUAAACUUAAA